AAAGAGAUUAAAGAAGAAUUUAUCUACUCGCACUGCCUGCACUAAAUAUUUGAAAGACCGCGCACGCAUGCUUAUCGUGACACGAGCAGGUGUUGUCACGAUAUCGAACAAUAUAAUUCCGCACGAUUCUCUCUCGUUCAGAAGGAAAUAACAGCUCAAGAGAGAAGAUUUACUCGAUUUUGGCGUUUUUCCACACGUGACGUUCGUAGCUCUUAAGAGGUUCCCCUUUUCUGAUUGAUUUGCCGCGACCAAUAGCUAGAGUUUAACAGCCAAGAGGCGCGCCUCGCUGAUGGAUAAUUGACUCGAGACGAGUUCUCGACAGCCUGCUUACUUAACAAUCCAACAACUCAACGUAACCGGAGUUGCGAGCGAGGACGCGAGCAACCCAGCGAUAUCGACGGAAGUCGGCCUACUCGAAGACCUUCAUCUCUCAAGAAGCCUCAUAUUCAAAACUUGGAAUUUGCCAAGUCAACACAGUUCUAUAUCUGUCAGUCUCGUUUAAAUGUACAAAGUCGAUUUUUUAAUAAUCGUCGCUUAAUUAUCCUUGUCACAUUAUACCUCGUUCAAUUUCGCAAGUCUUUAGCAUUAAUUCUUAAAUAAAUCACAAGUUCUUUCAUGAAACUCGCAGAUCGUUAUUAAUCGCAGCUUGCAUUAUAAUAUUUCACUCGUUUGAGGAAAAUUAUUUCCUCGUUCGCCGCAGCCAUCGGACAAGGAAGAAUGACAGCGUGAACGAAGGUGCCGUGAGCGAAGCAUAAGCACGUCUCCUCGGACGUGCCCCGAUCGGCCGCGCGAAUCGUGGCUGUGUACGUAUCUCUUCCGAGAAGCUUUUGAGUAAAUCGCGAGUAGGGCCCCGCGCGGCCCACAAACAGCCGCAAUCAUUGAUUCCGACGAAUCGACGGUGAUAAUGGGCGUUCAGGUGGAGGAGUCCAAGAUAGGCGCCGUGAUCGAGAAGGCCAAGUUUUACACCUCCGUCUGCCUGGGCACCACGGCGAUUCUCGCGGUCUUCGCCUUUCUGUUUCUGAUCCCGUUCGUCGUCGAGCCGGCGAUAACCACCAUCCUGGCGGAUUUCUCGCCGCACGCGGUCGCCUGCAUCACGACGGGGCACGUGUACGCGGAGGGAUUGAAGAACUGUUCGUGGGCGAGCUGCAGGGAAGGUUGUACUUCGGCUGCGCUCCGUUGCCAUCAGAUCAAAGUCAACUACACCAGGCUCCCGUACGAGGAGUUCAUGGCCAAGCCGUUGGGCUCGGUGCCGUGGGACGUCACCGACACCAAAUUCUUCGUCAACACGGAAGGAUGCGGCUACCCGCCCAGAGUCAACUGUACUCUUUUCGCGAAGAAAUACGCCUAUGAAAAUAUCGGCAAGAUAUUUCCCUGCUACUACAGCAGAACGCAUCCGGAGACGGUUGUCGCGAGAUACUCGUGGGAUGAGAAUCUGAGGCAUCUGGUGCUAGCCAUUAUUGUGCCCAUAGUGCUGUUCGCCGCGACACUUGGCGUGCUGUGCUACUGGUAUUGUCCGCCGGUGAACAAGACCUGCGGCGGAUCGAGUCGCAAUCUCAUGGACAAGUAUGCUAGAAAGGAAGAGUAAGUCAUCUUGGCAGAGGACGAAUUCGAGGAGGACGAAGAGGAAUACUGACUGCUACCAAGGGCUCACCCCCCGGCGCGGGAGUGAUCCCAGCGAAAUAAUCUCCGAAUGGCUCCAGCGUACUUUACUUUUUAAAUUUAAGCGAGCGAGCAACAGCGCUUAAGGAAAAUUCGCAAAGAGUGGGAAAAACGGAUCUCGCGUUGUUAUCGCUUUUUAUCGGGUUUACUCAUUAGGGAGUUACGCUUGACGCUACAUCCGACGUUUUUGUCCUUUAUACCCGAUUCGUGCUUUUAAUAAAUGAAACAUACGCCUAGGUUUAUAUGCCAGCGAAAGAAAAAACAAUUUAUCUCUUUCUAUCUCUUCUUCUCGAUAUUUCAAUUGCACCGAGAUUAGUUACGUGCACUUACUCGAAAGAAACGUAAAACGUCAGAUUUAUUUGGCGGAUCAGCCAUGAGAUGAGACCCUCGCGCGAAGAAGAUGUACCUUAAAUUUACGAUGUAAAGUGGGCCAUGAAUAUGAGAACUCGGACUUUUCAAUUAUCUAUCAGUAUUCCAUGCGAGUUUCGAGAGGAUGUGGCACGAAACAUGCGGCAAUGUCAGGAAACAAUAUUAUGCAUUAAUGAAACGCAAUAUGGUAUAUUAAUAACGUAAAUGAAAUUCAAUUAAUAAUACAUUGGAUGUACGGCAUAACACUCGCUAAAUUAUUCGGCAGCGGUAGUUGUUUAUUCUAAAAUCUUGCCAGUCAAAUCUAGAAAUUAAUUAUGGAAUUUCAAACGAAGCAAUUAGGAUAACGGCGAUGAUAAACUUCCGUGUGUUUCGAGGUCACUCGUGAUAAAGGCGCGCCUUCCUACUUACGUGAUAAAAGUUUAAGCAGUACGAUAGUUUUUAAACGGCACAGAUUAGGUUUUGCAGCAGCAUCGGGUUUUAGAUUAAGCUACGUAGCCGUGAAUUUACGAUUGGUCACAUAAGCUGCCCUUGUGACGAUAAAUCGAUUGUCAAGUAUCGAUGGGAGCACUGCGAGCGGUACGUGGCUCGAUGCUAAGCGCAAUAUCUUCACUCAUCGUCGAGUUGAAGAGACAGACUCCAAUGCGGACUCCUAUUAGGCCAAUCGCGUUACUCGCUACACUAAAUCAUGUGGUUUUUCAAAACCGCUAAUAUUUUAAUUGUCCCAUUCGUGCCUCCUAUUGUCAUUGCUUUUCGAAGUAGAUCGAGCGAUAAGCUGCUCUCGCGUACUUAAUAAUUUUCCGACGUAGGACUGCAUCAGAGGUGACCUGAGAGAGCUGGAAAACAUUUUCAUUUCGUAGGAGUAAAUUAAAAUUGUGAUUACGUUCCGUAGAAUAGGAAGAGAAGCAAUCCGUAAAUAUUAUUGCUGAUAUUGAGAAGAGUACAAAGGCAACGGUAGUGAAUGUAAAUUAUGAAAGUGCUUUAUAAAGAGAGAAGUGAAGCAAGUGACGCGGUUUGCUUUCGAAAUCCGCUUCCGCACCAAGUAACGUAGGUUAAGACUAGGCUGUAAGUUAAGCCUGUGAAUAUUACUAAUCGUAAUUCUAUCGAAAUCGAUAUAAGAGUUGUUACGAAUUUUGUACGCGGAUGCAAAGCCACGUCGUGGAUUCUAUAGUCAAAGAGAAGAUAUAUUAUAUAAAUAUAUGCGAGUAUAAUGCGUAUGUUAAACGCAUAAAAACGCACGUGAACGCUGGUACGCAUUGUGCGCAUAGUUUGUAGGCGUAGAUGUAACUUUUAAGUUGGAUUUUUUUGCAGGGACGCGCGAACUACAUUCCGUAAGCUACGAAACGACAUCGUUCACUAUCGGAGCAUGCUCGCAAAGCGAUAAUUCUAUUUGGCAUAAUUGCUAAAUGCUGCGAUUAAUGCAGAUAAUAAUUUAUUAGUAGCUUCAAUCGAGAACGUGACAAAAGAUGAAACGAAGUAGCGUAAAUUUUAGGAUAUUAAAUAAUUGAAGUAAGUAUUUGAUCGAAUUUUGACGAACGAUGACAUUAUUCUCCACGAUUGCAAUGUUUAAUUAGCUUAUAUCUCUUAAAAUUGUUUCUGUCGGCGUUUUAAGUUCCGCGCUUCGGAGUCACUCGAAGAGUGCCCGCACCCGACGAAACUGAUUUUAAUAACGUUUGUUUCGAAGCGUAUGGAAAUCAUGUCGUGACCCUCUACAUCUAGUAUGGUUGUGAAUCCUUACUCGGCCUUACUCUAGGUGUCCAGAACGGGAGGGCUUCCACGAGGUAGCAACUUCCCGCGGACCCUACGUUUCGGCACUCAUUCCCCACUCGAAGCUUGCUAGUUUCCAUUCGACGAUCGAUCGCGCGAUCGCCACCGAAUCGCGGAUGUCCGUCGACUUCAAGUCGCGCUAAUUACACGAUUUCGCUCGACUCGAUUCUCUCUCGCUGCUACUUACUAGUGCCAGGCAAGUCGGAUGAAUUUCAAACGAGGAUGCUAAAUUUUGUAAUUACGCUAAUACUGAUAAGAUGUUCAAGAAUAAUCAAAAUUAGAAAUCGGAUGAUAAGUAUUAAUUUGAAACGCCAUUAGAGCAUCGAAUUAUAUGAAUCGAGAGAUUCCUACUUCUCUUUUCUUGCGCUUCUUUCACGCGAGAAUAUUUGCUCAAAACGCUCACAAUCGACGAAACGACGGCGCAAAUUGAAUUCGCUUCCGGAGCUGCAGAGUCACAUCAGUUUGCCAUCGAGCCAUCGCAAAAUUUUCAUCUUCAGUUAGAAUUAAAAACUCUUAUGUGAUAUUUAAAAGCUUUCAAGCGCAACACCAAGAAAGCUCUACGCGGACAAUCCAGGAGCAGUUAGCUCGCGUGUAGGCACAAUUUUCGCAUCGGUUCUAGUGCCAAUUAAAUUCGCUAGCUCGACUAGCCGGUCGCAAUCGUCGUAGGCAGCAUUCUUAGAUCGCACGAUCUUAUCGAUCGCGAGAGAAGAUGUUUAUACAUAUAUUAGAGACUAGGGAUCUCAAGCGAAUAAUUUCUUUCUCGAUGAGUCGUAGGAUUUUUUUUCGUAGAGAAUUAUGAAAUCUUAAAAAUUUCAUUCGGAAAUCCUCCGAUUUGUUAUCCAAUUUUAGAAUUACGAGAAAUAAAUAUCGAUAACGGUAACGUUGCAAUGUUUAAUGCGAUAUGGAAAAUGAUAAUACACAUACCUAGCAUAUAAAGAUAUUCUAUAAAGAUUAUAAUUUAAUCUCUGUUCACUUCUCGAAGGAUUAAUAGCAAGUUAUAAUCAAGGAAAGACUUAAGAUGCGUGUAUUUACUUGAGAUCUCUCUUUAGAUAGGUAAACAAAUUCUAGCAUAAAUUUAACUAAUUUAUACGCAAGGGUGAAGUAGAGUAAACAAGCGGUUAACUGAGUAACCUAAUGGAGCACGAAUUGAUAAUAAACGAGAGUAUUGCGAAUUCUAUUUCCACACGCGAUUUAGCUGUCAUACUUGUCUGAAAAUCAGCAGUGCUGUUUGUCCUCGACCGACAGACGCGAGCAUUAUUCGAUAAUUAUUCACGUAUUAAUAUACCCCCUCGUAAUGUUAUAUUUGGCCGCUAUAAUAAUACUCGCACUUACUAUAUCCGGAUACUUGUCAUGCUCCUCACAUCAUGUUCCUCUCUCUUUUUCUCGCCUCUUUCCUUAGAUAUAAAAAGAAAUCUUUAAUAUAAAUGAGAAAAUACUCUUCGAGACGCUUCCUUUCUCUCUACUCGAAAGUUUUCAACUCGUCCACCGCUUCUUACAUACUGAAUCAUAAAUAUUGUACAUAAUAUAUACAUAUAUAUUAUAUACAGCGUGUAUAUACAUAUAAACCACAUACUCGCUCUGCGAUACGAACGGACUAUUGUAUAUAAGAGAUUGUACGAGUUCGUUUAAAAUACAUAAAAAAUGAUUUCUGUUAA